CAUGUUUCAAUCUGAGCAAACACGCCUUAAUAGGAUAAGAAUUCUUUACCGCCUGUUUGGCUGUCGAGAAACCGCAAGGAAAACAAGAAGAAAAUGGCACAAACACUAGCGAUGCCAGUGGCACCUUCGCUUUCAGUAAUAUACAACGGACGGAGAUGCAAUUCUCUCACUAACUUCGUCUCUCUGCCGCUCUCAACCCCUCCCAAGUUUCAUGGCUUAAGCAUAAAGAGUGCUCGUGUUGGAGGUGUGGAGAUUCCUAGCAGCAAGAGAAUUGAAUACUCUCUUCAAUAUAUCCAUGGCGUUGGUCGUUCUAAUGCUCGCCAAAUCCUCUCCACUCUCAACAUGGAAAACAAAAUUACCAAGGAGUUAUCGGAGGAGGAGCUCAUUAUUCUUCGUGAUGAAGUCUCUAAGUAUAUGAUUGAAGGCGAUUUGAGGCGGUUUAAUGCUCUUAAUAUAAGGAGGUUGAAGGAGAUUCAAUGUUAUAGAGGAGUGAGACAUAUUCAAGGUUUGCCGUGUAGGGGACAGCGAACUAAGAAUAAUUGCCGAACCUUGAAAGGUAAGAGAGUCGCUAUUGCUGGAAAGAAGAAAGCUCCCCGUUAAUCGCGUGCUUUAAGUGUCGUUUAAUCGAUUAUUAUGUUUGUGAUUUUGAUUGCCUGUGCAUUUAUCUGUCUAGUCCUAAUACAGACUUGAGUUGAAUGAAAUUGUAUUUCUGAUCCAUGGAGGUUCGUUCUCUUUGUAUUAUUCCUUUUUCUGCUCUGAAUGUGCUUUGAAGUGGAUUUGAUUUGAAACUUUUGUGAAUUUGAUAGAUUAUCAUUUCAAAGCUACAGAUUAUUUUUUU